GAGUGUGUGUGUGGACUACUUGCGGCAUUUUGAAGAUGAUCAACUAUAGCAAGUGUCACUCGGUGCUCAUCACGGGCGCGAGCAGAGGUCUCGGACUGCAGAUGGUCAAGCAGUUGGCCACUGCGCCGGAAAGACCAAAAAAAAUCAUCGCAACCGCCCGGAAUCCAGAUGCUGAGGAACUGCAAAAACUCGCCAAAUCGCAUCAUGGGAUUUAUGUCAUAUCGCUAGAUAUCACCAGUGACACCAGCGUGGAUGCAGCAGCACAAGCCGUGGAAUCUAUCGUGGGUUCUGAUGGGUUGAACUGCUUAAUUAAUAAUGCAGCAGUUAACAUCUCCAGUGAUCUAAACACAGUAACUCGAGAUGUCAUGAUGAAAACCUUUGAGAGUAACACAGUGGCUCCUCUUUUUGUCACCAAGGCCUUUUUGCCAUUAUUGAGAAGGGCAGCAGCUCAAGGGAUUGGCAUGGGCAUGGGCAUGCACAGAUCAGCAGUGAUCAAUGUGUCCUCUGUCCUGGGAUCUGUGCAGCUCAACUGGGGUGAGGGAGCGAGCUUCAAGAGUUACGCUUACAGAGCUUCAAAGAGUGCCCUGAAUAUGGUUACAAGGUGUUUGGCCGCUGAUUUGGAAGAGGAGGGAAUCUUGUGUGUAGCCCUUCAUCCUGGUUGGGUACGCACUGAUAUGGGUGGACCAAUGGCAACUUUGAGUCCAGAGGAGAGCAUAUCAUCCGUAUUGAAUGUAAUUUCUGGAUUAACAAAGAAGGAUCAUGGUGGAUAUGUGGACUACACUGGGAGCAAUUUACCCUGGUGAUCUCCAUAUUGUGGUGUGUGUGUGUAAAAAUAUAUAGUUAUAUAGAAAAUCAAAUUUUUUUCACUUCUCAAUCAUAGGUUUGCUGAAUAUUAUAUAUAUAUAUAUAACAGAACUAUAUACUGUUUGUUACCUGUAAGUCUGUGUUUCCCAACCAUUGUGCCGUGGCACACCUAGUGUUUAGAGAGUGAAAUUUAUAUGCGUUAUGGGUCUUUCACAUGACUCGCGUCAGCGCUGCAGAAUACAUUGAAGUCUAUGAAGUGAUGCCACAUUACACAACUGUUUUUCACAAACAUGUUUUUGCUUCACCAAUAAUGUCUUUGAGAGUACUAAGCAACAAGAAAUAUUUAAAAACUGUCCAAAUUUGUGGAGACAUUGAAUGUCUCAUAAUUUAUUUAAAAAAAAAAAUAAUAUUACCUUAUCGUUUAAAAAAAAAUCAGAGACCCCAUUUAUUUAAUUAAUUUAAAAUCACCAAGAAAAUGCCAAGAAAGAGUCCUUUUAUUAGUUUCUGCUAUCAAAGCAACUGCAAGCUUUUUUUCAUCUCUUCCAAAUACGUUUUCAAUGUUUAUUGUGCACACCUCCCACUUUUUUGCGUGGCAAACUCUUAAAAUCGCCCUCUGUGAUGCUUUCUGCAACUCUUGUCACGUGGAAGCGAUGCGGUGCUUGACACUGGCGUUCAACACAUUGACGCCUCUACUGAAGUCAUGUAAAAUGCGUUUUACAUUGACGAAAGAAAAUCAUUGAAACACAAAAUGAUUAUUAUUUGUCUAUUAUUGUGACCCUUUCUGAUAAAAGCCAUGCUCAGCAGUUUAAAUAGGCUACUGUAGGAAAAAUCUAGUUGUGUAGUCUCAUGUGGUUCUGUGUUUGUCCUAUGUUGUUUUAUGUAGCACCAUGGUCCUGGAUGAAUGUUGUCUCGUUUUGCUGUGUACUGUACUAACUGUAUAUGGUUGAAUAACAAUAAAAAACACUUGACUUGAAUAUAAAGCUUAUUCUUUAAAAAAAUGUCCCUAGAAAUAUAUUUUGUGGACCAGUAAUUGUCUUACCUUUUUCGCCCCUCAUGAGUUUGCAUCCCUGUAAUUUGCUGUGGCAUUGCAAGAACAAAUCUACAAAUUAGAAAAGAAGCAAAUUUGUUGUUUUUUCAUUACCCAUUUAGUACUCUUGCCACAUGUGACCUCACACAGCAUAGCCUGUGGUUUUUUGCAUAGCUGAAUUUCAAAUAUUACAAGUAAACACGCUACUCAGAUGGAGAGAAAACAUAGACAAGUUCUUGAAAAGGAAAAAUACAGACGAUGGUUAGCCUAU